CAAACCUAAUCUCCAAUGGACGAGCUCGAAGCCAUCAGGCUGGGUUCAACUGCAAUUGGGUUGAAGGCAAAAGAAGGUGUCGUGCUGGCUGUCGAGAAGCGUAUUACUUCGCCACUGUUGGAAUCCAGCAGUGUUGAGAAAAUUAUGGAAAUUGAUGAGCAUACAGGAUGUGCUAUGAGUGGGUUGAUUGCUGAUGCACGCACCCUUGUUGAACAUGCAGGAGUUGAGACUCAGAGCCACAGAUUCUCGUAAGGUAAGCCAAUGAUAGUUGAGUCCACAGGACCACAACACAAGCCCUUUGUGAUCUUGCCCUACGAUUUGGUGAAGGAGUUGAAGAAUCGAUGGUACACCUGAUUAUUCUUUCU